AUGAAGCCAGCUGACUGUACCUUUAGGCCGCCUCCAGGUGCAGCCUGCACCACCAUGGCAGGCCUCGCUGUUUCAAAGGAGCAGCCCCUGGAGUGGAGGCGCGGGCGUGCUGGUACCCUCCCGGGCGGUGGGGUGGCGGCGCCCGGCGGCUGUCGCCUGAGGCCUGCGAGACACGGCGCCUCCGGCGGGUGCCGGGACGGCGGGGUCGAGCCACCACCAGCGCCUUCCCCGCAGGGCCUGGUCGCGCACCUCGGGGAUGGCGGCGGUGGCAGCGCCGAAACUUCGAUAAAUUACAUAGUUGUAUUAAUACCAUCGUUUUAUCUUUUAACAGUUCAGCCCUCAAAGAGAUUUUUAAGAAGAGCAGCGCUAAGACAAAAUAGCUUAAAAAUAGUGGGAUCUGUUGUAUUUCCAGUCAAAGUUUAUGUCAAGCUGAAUCACAACAGUCCACGUAUUUUAUGUCUUACAAAUCAUCUGAGAAACUUAGAACUCAUUGAUCCAAAAUUCCAGUGGAAUGCACCAGGUGGUGGUCUUUCUUCAGAAAAUAGCAGUGUGGAAAUAUCACCAACAGGAACUUUAAUAUUGAGAAACUUCAAACUGAGUGGAGUUUACACUUGUUCCAUUUUUUAUAAGCUAACAGCAAUGCAACCUUAUAAAAACCUCUCAAUAAAGUAUCUUAUUUAUGCUUAUUCCGAUCCUAAAGCUUACUAUGAGUUCACAGCCCGGUAUCACGCAGCCCCCUGCAACAAUUAUUAUAAUGCUUAUUUUGAGAGAACAUUGAUUCAGAUACUAAACAAACUUGUUGAUGAACUUUCUUGCGAGGUUACAUUAAUUAAGGCUGAAUGCCAUCAUGUAAAAAUGCAGAGAGGGGGUCUACAGAAUGAAAUCUUCUUUACAUUUUCAGUUGCUUCCUUAGACAGAGAAAAACACAACAGACUAUGUCAGGAAAGUGCUUGCGAUGCAUUUCAGAGACUAAACAAGGCAAAACACCUUAUAGAGAGAUUUUUUAAGCAACAAGUGGAAGUUAGCAGAAAAAGUUCUGAACCGUUGCCUGAAAUAUAUUACAUUGAAGGUACUCUGCAAAUGGUACAGAUUGAUCGCUGCUAUCCAGGGUAUGGAAUCAAUGCUCUAAUACAUCCAGACUGUCCACAGUGUUGUGUUGUAUGCAGCCCAGGAUCAUAUAAUCCCAGUAAUGGAAUUCACUGUCUUCGGUGCGACAGCAGUUUGAUAUAUGGAGCAACAAAGUGCUAA